AUGUCUGCAAUGUCAGAUAUACCAAGUCCAAAGUUGCACAGUCCACAUGCUGGUUCUGUUGAAGGAGCUGUUCAGUCAGCCCCUAUUUUACUGAUCAAAAAGGAGCCUGAUGACCUUCAGUGGUCACCAUCACAUUUAGAUGACCUCCUUCUAAACGAGCUUUCAGAUGAUGUAUGCUCGAUAGAUGCAGCCAGCCCUGAUGAUGUUGACCUAGAAGAGGCGAUAUUAAUGAAGCGGGAAGGUGACUAUAAGGAGCCGACUGUAAUUAACUUCUCCAAAACAUCAGUCAUUCCAUUUCUUCAAGAUGAUGAAAAUUCGGUGGAAACAGAGACUGGAAAUCACAUUAAUGAAAAGACAUCAAAAAGUAAGGCUUCUGAAGAAAGCAAGUCUGAUGAGCUUAAAGAAAAAGAACCCACUUCCACCUCUAAAUCCAAACCUCAGAUAAAGAGAGUCACCUGGAACCUUCAGGACAAAGCGUCUGAGAAGGAAACCCCAGACCAAUCUCUGUCUUCCCCCUUCUACAACACUCAGCAGGAUGAAUCUUGGUCAUCCCCAGAGAAGCAUACUGAUGAUAAAGUAUCCAAUUAUGAACCUGACCCCACUAGUGAGACAUCCACUUCAGUUGCCUGGACACUACCAGACAAAACCACACAAGACUCCGGCCAAGAAUCCUUAACUCAGGCUUCAUGGGAUGCUGGCAACAAAUCCCCAACACACAUUGUGAAUAAGCUGGAGGACAAGCCUGUGGUCCAUAUGAUGGACAGGCACACUGCACAAGCUCCAGACAGACCUGCGAAAGAUGGCAGUCAAGUCCCUUGGAUUGCAACAGAUACACCCCUGCAGGUAUUCCCACAAACCUUGCCUCCAUUACCCCUCCCACCAAUCUUUCCUCCCUAUGCCCCUGUAAGUGAGCCCACGGCGCCGUGUUUGGUUCAGAGCAGCCGAGCAGUCAUCAGCCAAACCCCAAAGGCUGGAAGUCUGGCUAUAACCAAUGAGCCGAAAAUGCAAGCAGCAAGCACAGGUGAAGGGAAGGGAAAAUCAAAACUGAAAAAAGGAGAAAAGGGUAAAAAUGAAGAGUACAUGAAGAAACUUCAUAUACAGGAACGAGCAGUGGAAGAGGUCAAGCUGGCCAUCAAACCAUUUUAUCAGAAGAGGGAAAUCACAAAGGAAGAAUACAAAGAGAUCCUGCGCAAAGCAGUACAGAAGAUCUGCCACAGCAAGAGUGGAGAAAUUAAUCCAGUCAAAGUGGUGAACCUAGUGAAAGGCUAUGUGGACAAGUACAAACAUAUUAGGAACAAGAGUAAGAAGCCGGGAGCUCUAGAGGAUCAUGUCUUGGGACACGAGUCACCAGUAUGA